AAACAAACCAGAGUCAACCACAAUGGCCACCAAGUGUAGAGUUAUAUUUACCUAAUUCUCCGCCGACUCUGACCUUGGCGAGCGUCCCUAUUGUGAGGAAAAGGAAGAGAGAGAGAGAGAGAGAGAAAAGAACAUUGAAAGAUAGAAAACAUAAAAGAAAAUAAAGAAAAAAGAGAGAGAGAGAGAUAACCACCACCAUCACCACCACCACCACCACCACCACCACCACCACCACCACCACCACCACCACCAUGCACCCGACCUUCCAUGCUCUGGUGGACAGGGACGAGGUGACCCACUCCGUGACCCGUGACCUCAAUGACCUGUUUGGGAGUGAGGCUCGGCACCUGGGUCGGGUCAAGGCACUGGUGGAGGAGCUGCUGGAGACCCGGGAGCACCUGCAGCAGAGGCUGCAGUUCGCGACCACAGAGGCACCUGACAAGAUAACGAGAGCCAUUAAGAGCGCAGAGAGGGCGUUGGAUGAGGGAGAGAGGCUGCUGAUGGAGAGUGACGCUGUGAGGAAGGAGGUACAGUGUCACUCUGCGAAGGUCUCCCCCUGAUGGAAGAGGUGGGCCCGGGGGUGAGGGUGGUGGAAGAGCUGGGGCGGGUGGAGAGAUACCAGCUGUUAGUCGCCAUGGUGGAGGAGUGGAGUCAGGAGAUCAGCACAGCCCUCCACAUCGGGGCAGAGGGCCAGGCGUUGGUGGGGCAUGGCCAGUUGGUGGAGAACGCAAAGGCGGUAUUGGGGACAGGUUGCCAGCAUCUCUUCCACUUCCUAUUGGCAACACUGUCUCACUGGAAUAAAGUCCUUGUGCAGAGGUUUACAGGGGAGUUUGAGGGGGUACUAAAGAGCAUGAAGUGGCCUCUGGCAGGGGGGCAGGAGGGGGCCAGCUCCCCCUCCCCUGACACCCUGCAGCGCCUGUGCACCCUCACGCAGUACCUCUUACAGCUUACUCUCCCUGGUGAAGGAGCUGGUAAUGGAGGAGGCACACCAGCCCCCCCAAGCCCCACCCCAACUAUUCUGGUGACCUUCGAACCCCUUCUGCUGCCCAUUCAACUCCUCGUCAACCCUUUGCAGGUCCGUUUUCUAUACCACUUCAGCGGCAACAGGGCGACGAACAGCAGGAGUCACCCAGAGUGGUACUUUGUGCAGCUGUUGAAGUGGAUUGCGGAACACGAGAGUUUUCUAGUUCAUCGUAUACAGCUUGUCCUGAACCGCUGUGGCCAGGGGGAGGUGCUGGCCAAGGUGGAGUUUAUGCGCGGUCUGGUUCGUCUGGCGGCCAUUAAGGUGACCUCUGACCUUCCGCACCUUCAGGAGGACGACGACCUCUUCUGUGCCACCAUACAAGAGGUCCUGCACUUCCAUAGAGAGCUGUGUGACGUUCAUGGCUACCCAAACACCCAACCAUCAAUAUUGGCAGUGCUGACCGACCCAAGAGUCUUCCCCCGCUGGCUGGCCCUCGAGAGAAAAUUUGCUCUAGAAGUUAUGGACGAGCUGGUGUCUUCUGAUGGGGCGUGGGAGGUGGAAGAGUGGGGAGGAGGAGGAGGAGGAGGAGGAGGAGGAGGAGGAGGAGGAGGAGGAGGAGGAGGAGGAGGAGGAGGAGGAGGAGGACCCGUCAAGUGUGGUGAUCAAAUUAUAUUAUUAUUACAAGGAAUCACAAACAGAUACAAGCAAUUACAACAGCCUGGCCACCGAUUGCAGUUCCUUCAGUUACAACUCGACCUGCUUGACGACUUCCGAGUUCGGCUGUUACAAGUGAUGAAGAGCGAACGACAGGAGCCUCUGACGUCUCACUACCCAGCCAUCUUGAACACCACCCACCACAUCUCCUCCACACUGGCAGACUGGGCGGAUCUUCCAUUCUUCAUAGAAAUGCAAUAUUAUCAAGAAUUUUUCAAGAGAGCAAUGGCCGCCAGCACCCCCACACAGGGACCCCCCACCCCUGCCUCCCCCUCAAGGACCCCCUGCAAGAAGACCACCCCCACCUCUCCAUCUCCCCCUCCUCCUCCUCCUCCUCUUCCUCCGCACCCCCACCUCCCCCUGCCUCCUCAGUGCCCCCCACACCGGAGCGCCAACCCCCCCAGCAGGUCACAGUUGGCAGAGGUCACGGGGUCAGUAUUCGACGCGACCCGUUCACUGUACACCCACAUAGAGGGAGAAAUGAUUCAUGUCCUGGCCUCGUUCGUGUUCUCAGAGGUCAGGGCCCGAAGUCUGCCGUACAGGAAGGACAGCUGGCACAGGACUAGAAGGGGUGAGGGGCACGGUCGUCGGGUCAAGGUCCUUGAGGUGAGCCCCAGCAUCUGCCAGCUUCUGGAAGUGGUUGCCCGCCACCUCCACACCCUCAGGGACGCCCUAGCCACCCCCCUCUUCCACACGCUCUGGGUACAGGUUGCCGAGACUCUUGAUAAGUACAUCUUCGAAGAGGUGGUGCUGGAGACGCGAUUCAGCGAGGCAGGAGCCGAGCAGUUCAGAUACGACAUGACAAACGCCCUUUUUCCUAUC